AUGCAAUGCCAGCACUGCCCCAAACGUUUCUUUGAUAGGAACGAGUUCGACAUACAUACCCAGUCUCAUAGUGACCGACAGCGAGAGAUCCAAAACCCGAAGACGGAACUAGGAGCAUUUCUCCAGGCGAACACUUUGGAGGGGCCGCGAAGAUCUGUUUUACAAGCAUCAACUUUAAUAUCACAUUGGAAUGUUUUGGGAGGAAAGAACUACGAUCAAGCGAGUGCAGAUAUCAGACAUUUCCAAGACGUUCUGCGAAAAUUUCCGCCCAGACCCAAUAAAGACGUUUAUACAGUAGAACUCAAGGAUGUUUCUUGUGCUGACUGCGAUGCGAUAUUUUCGUCAAGUGCCGAGUUGGAUAAUCAUCGCUUCUCAAAAUUCUGUCAUGGUGCAGCAAUCGUGGUCCAUAUCAUGAUGAGAGAUAACCUCAUCAAUAAAGGCUAUAGAAUCGAGAAGAGAUUGAUCCCCUUGGAAGGCUAUCCGCUCAGAGUGCCUUGCAAUAAGUGCAAAGAUGUAUUUCCGAGUGACGAAGCGAAAGAGGCCCAUGAGAACCUACAUCAAACACACGACCUCAUAUGUGUCCAAUGUGGUCAGAAAUGCGACACGCCAUACGAAUUACGAUUACACUAUGACUACCAUGACGAUAUGGAAUUCCGACAAACUCGAAAGGAGGUGAACUCCAACAAAUCCAGCCACCGAAGAGCUUCCAGUCAUGCGCAGAUAACUCACGGAGGUUCGAUAUCAAUUCCAUUAAGCCCCACUGAAAACGCUAUGAGGAGGGUGCACAAGCGGAAGUCUCAACGAUUGCUUGAUGCUUGGUCUUCGAAGAAAGCUGGAAAAGGCGAGGAGGGAGAAAUUGUGGCUAUGGCUUUCUUUCUUCCUGAAGAUAUGGAAAGAGUUCAUGCCGCGGAAGGCAAAUUACAAGACGUGGAAGCUCUUUCCGUGGUUAACUUUCCCAUCACUCAAUUCACGACAUGGCUAGAUAUGAGAGAUAAUGAUGAAAAAUGCCUCGAUUCGCCAACGUGUAAUGAGAAAGAAAGCCUUUCGGACAUGGAAAAGUCAUCUCUUGAUGAAGAUAAAGCCGCCAUCGUUCCCCGUCGGAUGUCUCUACUCAAAUCUGUCCUUGGCUUGAGAUUACCAAAAAGACUGUCCAGAUCAGAUUCGUCAGCAGACCAGCCUCGUAAAUUGAGGAAAAAGGAAAAUUCCAUACGAUUCUCUUUUGUAUCGAAACCUGAGAAAAGCAGAGAGACAGCGAGGAGUGAGAGUCGCACCAGCAACGGGUUCCUUGAACUAUCGGAGAAGGCCAUAUAUAUUGGAUCACCGCAUCUAGAAGAAACCAGUGGCAGUGAUAGUAAUCCGUUUAUCCACGUGCGAAUAUCGGCUGAUGGAGCUAUUGUCGAAGACAAGUCUGGGCGACGUCGCGUGCUGCAGAUGGAACAAAUAGCCCAUGUUUACUCUGUGGUUUCUGCAGAUACGUCGCUUGCAUCAAUCAAAUCGCGGAUUACUUCAUUACAAUUUGGUGCUGAGACGGAUCUGGAAGGCGAAAACCCGAGAGAUGCCAUUCUAGCAUACAAGGAGAUUUUGGACAUUCUCAGUAGGCAUCCGGCGUUGGACGUCAAUCUGCGGAUCAGAUCUGGCAUCUACCACCGAUUGGGUUCUAUGUAUAGUUCUCUUGGGGCAGCUGGAGAGUCAGAGUAUUACUUCCUCAAAGCUUUGGCGAUAUAUCGAAGGAUAUAUGGACGUGAUCAGAACGUCAUCUAUGUUCUACUGAACGACAUUGCUAAACUGUGCGAGAAGGAUGGAUAUGCCACCGAAGCAUCAGCUCUUUACGAGAGAGUACUGGCUGGUCGAUUAAGGGUACUAGGACACAAUGAUCCAGAAACUCUGAAUUCCAUGCUGGAGUUAGCGAGCAUCAAAACGAACCUAGGCGACUUUGAAUCGGCUCUACAACUCCUCGAGGAUGCUGUUCCGGCCUUUGAAACCGUCUUCGGUCUUCAGAACGAGAGCACAUUGGUUGCCAUGAGUCACUUAUCGAUUCUAUACCAAAAGCUUGGAUUAAAUGAACAAUCGCUCACCGUGUCUAUAAAGAUGCUUCCACACUGCAAAAGUGUGAUUGGAUAUGAUAACCCCUUGACGCGAAAUACGACCAUCAGGUAUCUCGAAGAAUCUGGGAACUUUGAUUUCCCGGUGGAUGUCAAAUUGAUUCUUGAUCACUAUCGACAAUCCCGAUCUGCUGAAAGUUUUCGCGUGCUUCAAACAUUAGGGCGAGCUUAUAUGGAUAGCGGUCUGAAUCGAGACGCAUGUGAAGUGUUCUUGUCCUUGUUAGACGAGACUAGUGGUGCUAAAGAAUUGGACUCCCUGGAGUUCUUUGAUGCACUAAGCGCUUUGUGCGUAGCUCUGGAGCAUUUGGGACACUUCGAUGAGGCUAUCAAGAAUUAUGGACAACUUUUACAGUCGGCGCACAGAACGCCAUCAGACCAUCCAUCACGGUCUCGUAUGGAAUAUGCCAGGAGCCGGGUAACAGAUUUGAUUCAUCGACGUGAAGUUUUGACCGCUGAGAGACGCGCAUGGGAGAUGUUCGAAGAUGGACCUUGCACAUCUUGUCAAUCAAAGACCAAGUCUUUAUGUAACACUUGCCAUAUUGUCCGUUUCUGUAGCCCAGCUUGUCACGAUAAAGUCCGCUUGAAACACAAAUUGUCCUGCAUUCCAUCAGUGACUCUUCGCGAAUCUAGAUCGGUCGCAAUAACCCCACGAUGUCCACCAGCUGUACAAAACGAUGCACUGAACAUGAUUCUCCCUGCCGAGAGAGGCACUACACCUCCAAGCAUAACAGCGAGUCAUACCGUCUACCUUGAUCCGCGAAACUUCACAACUUUCCGCAUGAAAUUGAGUUCCAACGUCAAUACCCUUCUUGUAUUCUCUCCAGAAGCCGAUAUAAGAUAUACAAUUAUCGGUAAUUUAUCCGAGUCGGGAUCCAAUCAAGUCUCCCUGUCAGCAUCUGCAUCAGUCUCGAUAUCCGCAGGCAAAAAGCCCUCAAAUAUGAUACCUUCUACACUUAGUGGCUACCAAUGGCUCACCCCAGCACAACAAGAGUCAGUAUCAAUCGCACCAAUGGAACAAUCUGCUGCUAUAUAUCUAGUUGUAGCGCCCGGAGAGCAGAUGAUGAAGAAUCUUGUGGAGAAAAGAGUGCGAGCUCGUAGUGGUGGUGGAGAGAAAGAAUAUUUUGAGGGUCUGGACGUUCCGGACUUGAAACUUAUUGAGUUUGCACAGGGUUUGAUGAUGAAUGGAUAUAUGGGUGAAGCAUUUUUAUAUAUUGUUGGGUGGAUAUAA